AUGCCACCCCAACCAACACAACCAAUGAGAAAUUACAACUGGUACCGUGAGGUGCGGGUAAUGGAAACCCUAGGAGAGGAUUACGACAGAAACAAGCACGCCCACCGAACCCCCCAGCGAAACACGGGGAGAUGGUUCUUCGACGACCCACGAGUACUCCAAUGGCGCGACAGCCCCGAUUCCAGCAUCAUCUGGCUAACAGGUCAACACGGUCGGGGCAAAUCCCAACUCACCAAAUCCCUGGCCAACCGUGGCGGAGCCUGGUGGCAGGAAAUCGAAAGCCCUGUUGCUCCACACACGACUGUCUGCUACUAUUUCUUCCGGGCUGGGGAUCCGCGCCGAAUGACCGCAUAUUCUGCGUGCGCAGCGCUGCUGCAUCAGCUGUUUGGCUACACUCCAUCUGAGGUGAUCUACAAGGCUUCGCCGCGGUGGUGGGCGCAGACUAUCAGGGAUCCCUGGGGUCUCUUUGAGGAAUGCGCCGCUGCUAGCCAGGUUGGGCAGUGGGUGUGUCUGUUGGAUGGGGUGGACGAAAUGGAGCCCGAGGAGCGGAGGGACUUGCUCGGUGAGGUCUGUCGUGUUUAUCGCGCGCUUUCUCGUCGUCCGCAAGAGGAAACCCGAUCCAAGUUCAAGGUUCUUAUCACCAGUGGUCCGCUGCAAGGCGAGAUGCUGGAGGAUCUGGAGAGGCUGCGUGCUGCUGCAGGGGUUAAUCAGACGGUCUUAUUCGAUGCCGAUGAGAAAGUUGUAGAGAUUGCGGAUGAAAUGGGGCCCUAUAUCGAGAAAGCAGCCAAGUCGUUUCCUGAAGAUCAGCAACCGCACGUCAUCAGGAUCUUGAAUGAGAAUCCCAAUCGCUGUUGGCUGUGGACUCAUACAGCGGCCAAUGUUCUUUUUACAUUUGCUAAUACAAAGCGUGAUGGGCUUUUAUUCCCUUCGAGCGAAUUCGACAACAUGCCGUGGGAUCUCGAGGGCGUUUAUGAUAAAGCUCUCGAUAUAGCAUCCGCAAUAUAUGGUGCCAGACGUGUCGAGUAUCUGCUGCACAUCAUACUUGCUGCUAAACGGCCCCUUUCGUACCAGGAAGUGCUGCUGGCUUUGAAAUUUGCAGAGUCGGACCCCGUCACGGCAGCUUCCUCGUCGACAGGACACACUUAUGACGAACUCACGGAGACCCGUCUAGAAUGGACCAGUAUAGUCGACGACCUGCAUGGAAUCAUACUUGAUAUGAGACCCAUGCUAUCGGAUUUCGUAAACCAGUCCGCCAGGCAGUACCUGAUCAAAUCAGACGACAACUCGCCAUCAACGGGAUCGUCUUGGAAAGGCCGCGUGGACAUGCGCGACGCACACGCAACGCUCUCUCGUAUCACCUUAUCCUUCCUCCUAACACUGGAGGUGCCGUCCUCUGACCUGCCGGGGGAAUGGAUCCCGAACUGCGAUAAUGUCGGAAGAAUGAACUUGAUUAAGAAAAAGAUGACAUUCCUGAUAUACUCAGCUACUCAUUGGCCGCAUCACUAUAAUUCACAGCCCGAGCCAGUCGCCAACGCAACUAUCGAGUCAGCCCGAACUCUCUGCUGCAACGAUGGAUCCGAGAUAAACAAUUGGCUGUACCUCCACAAAGCUCCUCGCUAUCUCCAGCCAGGUAUCAUCACUGCACUGUGGGUAGGCGCUCUCCCCCUGGCUCGAGAGAUGCUGGAACAUCCGCAGGAUGGCAGCGAACACCACGACUCUUUGCAUCAUUCGCCCAGCGUUCCAGUAGACAGUUGCUGUGCGCUUGAUAUAGCCAUAAGGAACGGUUACACUGAGAUUGCGCGGCUCCUUAUCGACAGGGGAUGGGCAAUGCAUGCCAGCACCUGCUGUAGGAAUUCGCUUUACUGGGCGGCUUCCGAUGGCAACGCAGACGCUGUGAACAUGCUGCUUGACCAUGGGUGGGAUAUAAAUGACAAGGUCGAUCGUGAGUCCACUGCUUUGGAUGGAGCUUGUUCGAAGGGGCAUUGCGAGAUCGUGCAGAUUCUCCUGGACCGAGGCGCAAAACUCCACAUCGACCUGAAAGUCGCGGGAAAUCCUUUGGAAACGGCCGCUGGUAAUGGACAUUAUGAGGUUGUGCAGAUGCUGUUGGACCAUGGGAUCCAUUUCCGAGUCUAUGGCAUUAGAGCGCUGUGGAGUGCGAGCAGAGAGGGCCACUUGGAGAUCGUCCGCGUGCUCUUGGAGAAGGGGUUGACGCCCAAUGUGUCAAUGAGCCCGCGGUCUGGUACGGCAUUGAAUGUAGCUGUACGUCGUGGACACAAGGAGAUUGUUCGCUUGCUAGUGGAUCAUGGAGGGAGGGUGAUUGAAGAUGACAUCAAGGCGGCUCUUGAGAAAGGGCUUGACGACGUAGCAAAAUUGCUUACGGGUCCAUAUGUCACCUCAUUGCUGGAUGACGACUGCCGAGUCUCGAUGGAAGACGAAUAG